AUGAAAUUAGGAUAUAAUGAAAUAAUGAUAACAUCAAUGUAUUUUAAUGAUAUUAAUGAUUUUAUUAAUUUAGAAAUGGGUGUUAAAAGAUUUCAAGGAAAUAUGGAACGAUUUCAUUUUAAUCCAAUUCCAUUAGAUGAAUAUUCAAGAAGAUUCUUUCCUAAUAUUGAAACAUUUCAUAGUUAUAAUAAAAACAAUAUGGUAUUUAAUGAUGGAAGAAUAAUUAAAUUACUAAUAUGGUAUGCAGUAAAUUAUUCAACAUAUUUAAAAGAAAAGAAAAAAGGAAAUAUCUGUAAAAAUAUAGAAUAUACCCAAUCAGAUAGAAAUAAAUAUGGAAAUACAAUCCCCCCAGAAGUUAAAUCACUUGGAGAUUAUUGUUUUAAAAAUUGUAAUGAAUUAACAUCUAUUAACAUACCAACAUCUGUUAGUAAAUUAGAGUAUUGGUGUUUUUAUGGAUGUUCAUCAUUAAAAUCAAUUAAUAUACCAUCAUCUGUUAGUACAUUAGGAAAUUAUUGUUUUUCAGAAUGUUCGUCAUUAACAUCGAUUUAUAUACCUACAACAAUUACUAAAUUAGAAGGUGGUUGUUUUAGAGACUGUACUUCACUAACAUCAAUUAAUAUUCCAUCAUCUGUUAAUGAAUUAGGGUAUUGGUGUUUUUAUAAAUGUUUAUCAUUAACAACAAUUAAUAUACCAUCAUUAAUUAGUGAAAUCGGAAAUAAUUGUUUUAAAAAAUGUUCAUCACUAACAUCAAUUACUAUACCAUCAUCAAUUAGUAAAAUCGGAAAUAAUUGCUUUAAAGAAUGUACAUCGUUAAAAUCAAUUAAUAUACCAUCAUCUGUUAGUACAUUAGGAAAUUAUUGUUUUUCAGAAUGUUCGUCAUUAACAUCAAUUAAUAUACCAUCAUCAAUUAUUGAAAUAGGAGAUUGGUGUUUUGAUGAAUGUACAUCAUUAACAUCAAUUAACAUUCCAUCAUCUGUCAGUACAUUAGGAUAUUAUUGUUUUGAUAAAUGUUUAUCAUUAACAUCAAUUAACAUUCCAUCAUCUGUUAGUACAUUAGGAGAUUCUUGUUUUAAAGAAUGUUAUUCAUUAACAACAAUUAAUAUACCAUCAUCUGUUAGUACAUUAGGAAAUUCUUGUUUUCAAGAAUGUAUAUCAUUAACUUCUAUUAACAUGCCAUCAUCAAUUAAUAAAAUAGGAGAUGAUUGUUUUAAAAAAUGUUUAUCAUUAACAUCAAUUAACAUUCCAUCAUCAAUUACAUCAUUUAGAAAUGGAUGUUUUUAUGAAUGUUCAUCAUUACAAUCAAUUAAUAUACCAACAUCUGUUAGUGAAAUAGGAAAUAAUUGUUUUGAAUAUUGUUCAUCAUUAAAAUCAAUUACAAUACCUACAUCAAUUAGCAUAAUACCAGAUUACUGUUUUAGUAUAUGUACGUCAUUAACUUCAGUUACUGUACCAUCAUCAAUUAGUAAAAUAGGAAAUAAAUGUUUUAAAAAAUGCUCAUCAUUAACAUCAAUUAAUAUUCCAUCAUCAAUUAUUGAAAUCGGAAAUAAUAGUUUUGAAGAAUGUACUUCACUAACAUCAAUGAAUAUAGACAAUCUACAAUUUAUUAGUAAAGAUAGAAUAUUUAUGAUUGAACCAGUGUUAGUUAGUAUUAAAAUACCAUCUAGUCUACAAAUAAUAAAUGGAAAGAAUAUUGAAAAGAAAGAUAUUAAUGAAUUUAUUAUUCCAUCUUCAAUCACUAAAUUAGGAGAUAAAUGUUUUAGUAAAUGUUCAUCAUUAACUUCAAUUAAUAUUCCAUCAACAAUUAAUAAAAUAGGAUUUAAUUGUUUUAAAGAAUGUACAUCAUUAAAAUCAAUUAAUAUACCAUCAUCAAUUACAUCAUUUGGGUAUAAAUGUUUUUAUAGAUGUCUAUCACUAACAUUAAUUACUAUACCAUCAUCAAUUAAUGAAAUAGGAAAUUGUUGUUUUUAUGGAUGUUCAUCAUUAACAUCAAUUAAUAUACCAUCAUCAAUUAGGUCAUUUGGAAAAUCUUGUUUUUAUGGUUGUGGAUGUGAAGAAGAAUUAAAGAAAAAUAAAACAAUACCAAGAAAUUGUUUUGAAUAG